UGGCUGUCAAAAUAUCAGCACCUCUCCUCCUCCUCCUCACUUUCAAACUAUAUGUUGAGGGUCAUCAACAAUACAACACUCAGAAGCGAGCUAGAAGUCAUCAGUCACUAUUAAAAGCUCUCAGCCUGAACUUCCAAAUCCAGAUUUGUGUUUUGAAAUCCAGGCUUCCUUCCUUUGAGCAUCAUGACUGGAACAGCGGUGGUUCUGAUGAGCCUGGUCCUCAUCCUCUCUGUGGACGCAGAGGAUAAAUCAAGACUCUACCGCAGACCUGCAUGUGGAGGACUGAGCGUCAACCAAGCAUGUCCUCUCAACUACUCUCCCGUGUGCGGUAAUGAUGGCAUCACAUACGUCAAUGAAUGCAACCUGUGUGUGCAGAGAAUGCACACAAAUGCAGACAUUUUGAUUGUGAGAGACGGACGCUGCUGAGGUGGAGGACCUUAUGAUAUCAUCACUUCGCUUUUCAUAUCUUUGUUUGUUUAAGAGUGUUGCUCAUCCAGACCAGUUUUGCACUUAUCAGUAUACCUAUAGAUGUGUGAAUCUUACUGCAUGUUAAAAUGAUAAAUACUAGUACUGAUAUGAAUAAUAAGUGUCAGUUUAUCACAUUCAAGUGACUUUGAGUGAACAGUGCAGUGUGUUUGAUUUUCUAUUUACUUAGUUUGCUUUACAUCAAUACUGUUGUCUUUAUUUCCAGGGAAUAUUCUUUGGCUAACAUUCUGACAAGGUUAUCUUAAAGUUAUGAACAAAUGUUCUGCCAGUAAUGUAUGUUCAAAGUUAUCUGGUCUUAAAUUGCAUUGUCAAAACAUCAGCACAAAAGUUUUGUUAUACAUCAUUCAUGGAGCGCUUUAUUUUUUCCUGGAAAAUUUUAGUUGGAUGUAAGUCUAAUGCUUUUUUAAUAUUACACCACAGAGAAUGUUCCCAGGUGUUCCCAUAAUACUCGCAACAUUUUUAAAUAGAGGAAACAUUCCCUUUGUGGUUUCUCUAAUGUUCACUAACCAAGUAAAAAAGGUUUUAAAACAUUCAAAAAUCUGGACGUUUUGAAGGUUCUAAAAACAUUCAGAAUUACCGUUUUCAUAACUUAAUAGGAACAUUUGCAAAACAUCUUAGAACAUAUUUUUGUUUGGGUAUAUAUUUCAGCUCUUCUUCUUUUUUUCAAGAACUGCUCAGAGUGCAAUGUUUCAAGAGUGAAUUUUUGAGUUACAGCUUAUUUUUCUAACUAUGUAAAAAAAAAAUAAUCUAACAAAAAUGGAAAUGUAACAUAUAUACCGUUUAUACCUUGAUUUUACAUUUUUGCUAAUAAAAUAAACAUUUAGCCAAACAA